CCUUGUGGGGCAACUCUAUAAAUAGUGGUUCAACAUCUGGAAUAAUAAUAAGAAGAGAUAUUUUUCAUCCUAAUCCCCUUUCCAACAAAUUCUCUUUCUCUCUCCUUUCUGUUAUUAGCUACGAGAUUUCCUUCUUCCCUACGAAAUCUCCUCGCCGGUAACAUUGGUAUCAGAGCGGUUCUUUCCGGCUGAGAGCUGGCGAUUACGAGACGCAAAGCAGCACAGAUGGCAAUAAUAGAGGAGGCCUUGAAAGCUUUGGUGGAUCAGCAAAAGGUGUUCGCAAUCCAGAUGGAACAACAAAAUCACAAGAUCGAGGAUCAACAGGCGAUGUUUGGACAAAUAAUGGAGCAGAUCAAGUCUAUCGCCCAGGGGGAAUCAACUUCUACACCUGGAAGCAACCGGAAUCAGGAGAGGAGAUCAGAAUCAGACAAUCCGAGGCAAUUACAUUUCAAUCCCAAGAAUCCCCUCCUUCCCCCUGAAGACAUGUUGGACAGUUUCAUUAGAUGCCCCAAACCCCAUCUCAAGGCUUAUGUGAGGGCCUUUAAACCUGAAUCACUGGCGGAAGCAAUUGAGUAUGCAAGGUGUCAAGAGGAAACUGUGCAGGCCAUAAAAGAGUUGCGUCGUGACUCAAACAAGAGCACCAAUGAUACGGUAGUAUCGACUUGGGAAGGGCUCGGAGUGCCUUCAGACUCGUGCAAAAAGCUGGUGAAGGAGAAGAGGGAGAACGAGAGGGAGACAGGAGUACUAUUCGCCCUUCACGUCGCGGUGAAGGGCGACAGUAGCGUAUUAUUGGGAACGCGAGUCGACGCGGUGGUAGCGGAAGACGGGUCGGGGCAAUUCCGGACCAUCGGCGAAGCUAUCAAAGCCGCGCCGGAGAAGAGUGUGAGGAAGUUUGUGAUAUACGUGAAGGCGGGGGUUUAUUAUGAGAAGGUGGUGGUUGAUGAGGAGAAGACGAACUUGACAAUCAUUGGUGCGGGAAUGGAUGCCACCAUUGUUAGCGGCAACUUGAGCCAUAUGGGAGGAUACGACCUAAUCAACACUUCCACAUUUGCCGUGUUUGCGAAGGACUUCACCGCCUACGACAUUGGAUUCCACAACACGGCCGGACCCGCCAUGGGGCAAGCGGUGGCCCUAGCGGUGGCCGGCGACCGGGGGGCCUUCUACCGGUGCAAAAUAUCGGGAUACCAGGACACCCUUUUCGCCCAAUCAAACCGCCAAUACUUCCGGGACUGCGCCAUCUACGGCACCGUAGACUUCAUCUUCGGCGACUCCGCAGCGGUGUUCCAGAACUGCGCCAUCCGGCCCCGGAAGCCCCUCCCGGGGCAGUUCAACGCCAUCACCGCCCAGGGCCGCCUCGAGCCCGGCGGCAAGUCCGGGUUCUCUUUCCAGAACUGCGACGUGUCCCCCGCGGAGGAUCUCGCCGGAGUCAGGACGUUCUUGGGACGGCCGUGGAAGAGUCACUGCAGAGUGGUCUUCUCGAACACUUACAUGGCCAGCUUCAUUGACCGGAGAGGUUGGGCGGCUUGGUCGGGGGACGACGACUCGCCGCCGCCCCCGGACACCAUUUACUAUGCCGAGUUCGGCAACUACGGCCCGGGGGCGGAUACAGCGAGUCGAGUCCGUUGGAAGGGGUUGCAUUUAGGGGCAAGUGGGAGUACAGAGGCAAGAACGUUUAGUGCUGAUAGUUUUAUUGAAGCAAGCUCUUGGAUUCUUCCAGAGCCCACUAGAGUGAUUACCGUAUUAAACCCUCCUUCAACCGCAGGAGAACCAGUUGAGGGGGAGGAGAAUGGGGUUGGGCCGGAACCGGAGGGGAGGGAACGUGAACCGGAAGUGAAGGAGAGAGGAAUUGCACCGGAACUGUUAAGGAAUGGAAUGGAACCCGAACCGGAGAAUGGAGUCGGAUCUGAACCGGCAGGAGAACCAAUAGUUGCCCCGGAACCGGCGGUGAAAGGAAAUGCACCUGAACCGGCUGAGAAUGUAUUUCUUAAGUUGGAUGUUGGUUUUGAGCUUCUUCAAUUGGUGAUGUGGCUUGAGUAUUUUCUAUUGCAGCUUGUGGUUGAACUUCAAGUGCAGCGCGAUUGUGGCGGAGGGGGCUGGUGCAGAUGGUCGGAGAAUGGAUCGAUGGUGGAGCUGGCGGCAACGGCGGGGCUGGCGGCCAGGAGGGGAGUGGCUACGGUGGAGGCGGUGGUGGGGGGACUUGAUGGUGGCAAGGCUGGGAAAGGAAGGAUAGGGAGGGUAUUUUAGACAAAUUACACUCAUAGUAAACUCUUCAUAAAAAUAAAGGAAAAUCAAAGUGGGAAAUUUAUUCCCGGACAGAGAGAGUAGGGGCAGAAGUAAUUUUUUAAUAGAAAAGGGAAAGAUUUUAUUGGACAAGAAAAAAGGGAAAAUGGAAAGAGUUUUUGGAACGGUGGGAGUAUAAAUUGAUGUAGAAUUAACAAAUUCAUUCCAUAUUAGGUCCAAAAGAAUAGAAUAUACUAAACUCUUAAGG